AAAAAUAAAACCAAAAUCGCGCACAUUUGAUGGUCGGCGUGCGCGAAAGACGCUAGAAGAAGCUUUCUGCUUCUCUCUCUCCCUGUUUCGAAUUUAUACUUUUCUUCUCUCUCUCUCUUCUUCUGCCGUGUAGUCUCUGCUCACCCAUACGACGCUCCGAUCCUUUUUUCUGUCGGGUCAAAUCUCCGAUUUCUUUUUCUUUUCAAUCGAGGAUUGAAGCGAGAUGAUUUGGGGACUUCUGCGCCGUAGAGUUGCUUCGUCUCAGGUGCUGGGACAAGCCUGGAGGGCUAGGCCUACAGUGUCCGGGUCAUGCUCUUACCACACUGCUCGUAAAGAGGCUUCAUUGAUUUGCAAAGAGAUUGCUUGUGUCCAAAGCUCUAGCUACCACACCUUUUUAGGCGGUCAUGUUUAUCCAAAAGCAAGCAGGGAAGUUAAUACAAUAUCUCAAACAGAAUCUUUUAUCAGGAUGAGCAAUAGAUCAUUUUCUUCAGAUAAUGGAGAUGUGGUUGAAGCUGUUGUCCCUUUCAUGGGUGAAUCCAUAACUGAUGGAACUUUAGCAACAUUCUUAAAGAAACCUGGUGACAGAGUUGAGGUUGAUGAGCCCAUUGCUCAAAUUGAAACUGAUAAGGUGACAAUUGAUGUUGUUAGUCCUGAAGCUGGCGUGAUAACAGAGUUGUUGGCGAAGGAAGGUGAGACUGUUGAACCAGGCGUCAAGAUUGCUGUCAUCUCAAAAUCAGGUGAAGGGGCACCACAAGUUGCUCCAUUGGAACAGCCUGCUAGCCAGCCAUCACCUCCCAAAAAGCAGGAAAGUGUAUAAAAUAAAACCCCUAAAGCAGAAACUGCCCCUGUCAAGGAGGCAAAGAAAGAACCAUCUCCACCACCCAAGGCUAAGGGGCCUCCAUCACCACCUAAACCCACAGAACCCCAGCUUCCUCCUAAGGACAGGGAAAGACGAGUUCCGAUGACAAGACUUAGGAAACGAGUUGCAACACGCUUGAAAGAUUCUCAGAAUACAUUUGCUAUGUUGACAACAUUUAACGAAGUUGAUAUGACUAAUUUGAUGAAGCUCCGUUCAGAUUACAAGGAUGCCUUUGUUGAAAAGCAUGGAAUGAAAUUGGGUCUCAUGUCAGGCUUUGUGAAAGCUGCCAUUAGUGCGCUUCAGUAUCAGCCAGUUGUUAAUGCUGUCAUCGAUGGGGAUGAUAUCAUAUACAGAGAUUACGUUGAUAUAAGUAUUGCAGUGGGCACCCCUAAAGGUCUAGUAGUUCCUGUUCUCCGCAAUGCUGAGAGAAUGAACUUUGCCGAAAUAGAGAAGGAAAUCAACACUCUGGCUAAGAAGGCAACUGACGGUUCUAUUUCAAUUGACGAGAUGGCCGGUGGUACAUUUACGAUAUCUAAUGGUGGUGUUUAUGGAAGCCUUUUGAGCACACCAAUCAUCAACCCUCCACAGUCUGCUAUAUUGGGAAUGCACUCGAUUGUGAAUCGUCCCAUGGUCGUUGGAGGCAAUAUUGUGCCAAGGCCAAUGAUGUAUAUUGCACUGACAUAUGACCAUAGGCUGAUUGAUGGAAGGGAGGCUGUUUUCUUCUUGCGCCGUAUAAAAGACGUCGUGGAAGACCCUCGCAGACUUCUCCUUGAUGUAUGAAGAAGAAAUCUUUCUAGAUUAUGGAUUUGCAAGAUAAGAUACAUGCAGUGCUGCAUAAACUAGAAAUAAUUAUACCUUGGGAGUUUCCAAAUUUUGUUGAGGUCUACUUAAUCUUUUCCAUGUUAGCACUGUGUCAAUUGCAACGGCAAAAAGUAUUUCGCAAGAGACGCGAAUUGUUUGGUUUACAUAUUUCAGUUCUUCCAUAUGUUCCAUCGUUGCUGAUGUAUUUCAUCAAACGCCUGUUCUUUAUUGGUAUAAUUGUGUAUCACAAAGAUCUUUUCUUUUUUCUUAUCAAAAAAAGAUCUUUUUAUUUCCA